AUGACAAACUCAUCGGAUACAUAUAAGAAUCAAUUGAAACGAAAACAAUUUGAUGAGGAUUUUUCAGAAUCAUCAAUUUUUGAUAUUUUAGAACAUGAAUAUCAAGUGGGAGAUAUUGUUUGGGCAAAAUUUAAUGGAUUAUCAUGGUGGCCAGCUUUUGUCUAUGGUUCUUUUGCAGAUAAUUGUAAAUAUGUUAAAACAGUUGCAAAAAUGGGAUUACCACCAAAAAAGAAAUAUUUUAUAUAUUGUUUUGGUACUCAACUUAAAUGUUCAUGGAUUUUUCAAGCAAAUCUUCAUCGAUAUGAUGGAUUAGAAGAAUUUUUGAAUUUUUCUGAUACUCAAGCUGCACAAGCAACAACAAAACGAGUAGAAGAACAAAUACGUAAAAAAUUUAAAGUUCAAUUGUCAAAAGAAUUACAACCAUUAUGGAAAGAAGCAAUUAAAGAAGCUGAUGAACUUUCCAAUUUACCGGUUAAUAUACGUAUGACUGCAUUUGAAAAACUCAUUUAUGGAUUUUUAACUGGAAAUAAAAAUUCCAUAACUCAACAAGGAAAAAAACAAGUGUUUGAUAAUAGAAAACAGUCACCUUCAUGUAAUUUACCUAAACAAAUAGUAUCAAAUAAAUUAGUACAAGUAUCACCUGAACCAGUUGAAAAAAUUCGACAAACAUUUUCAAUUAAUUCAAGACGAAAAGAAACAAAUGAUAUUGAGCAAAUGUCAACAACUCAAUCAAAAUCAUUUCUUAUGUCGUCAAUGAAUGAAAACGAUAAUGAUGUUAUGAUAAUUAAAUUAAAUCCACCGAUACAAUCUACUACUGUAUCAUUAACAACCGCUAUUUGUCAUUUUCUUGAUAAAGGUAUUCCAUCAUUAACAAUCUAUGAAGAAAUUCAUCUUGUUAAUGAAUUAAUUCAUCAUCCAUUGGACUCAUCAUUAACCUUAACUGAUGCACAAUUAUAUGUUGAACAAUAUGUUAUUAAUAUAGCAUUAAGAAAUUUUCAUCAUCAAAUAUCAUAUGUUCAAAGUGAAUUUUUCUAUGAUUUUUUAUUAAAAUAUCCUCAAAUUAUUCUUAAACAUCGACAAUGGUUUAAAGAUUUUAAACAAACAUUAAUGCCAUCCAAUAAUGAUAAAAUUAAAUUAAAAAAAUGGCAAUUAGCAACAUUAUUACAUGCACAUAUGAAUAUAGAACAGCAAUUUCAUUAG